UGUUCACUUGGACGGAAUACUUGGAAUUUAUUAACUUUUUGAGGCUUGGACAUUUUUGGUUGCAUGGGCUUUAAAUGUAAGCACAAAAAUGAUGAGAGAAUAUUAAAAACAUCUUAACUUGUUCUCCAAAGAUAAACAAGUCUUAUAGGUUUGGAACAUGAUGAACCAACCCAUGUUACCUAGCUGAACAUGUGGUUAACAUAGCUGCUUUCAGCUGAGUUCACGUAACUUAUUUUUAUGAAUUUUAUAAAUGUCAAACAUACCGAAAACAGACCCUGGUGUCCAGCUUUCUUCGGCAGGUUCAACCAUACCAGCGCUGAGAUGAUUAAAUUAACAGCUACCACAUGAUUGCCGUUUAAGCAAAUGUCUAAGCAAUAAUUUACACCUUUAUAAUGAUACCUUGAAUUCUAAACAAACAGUAAGGACUUUAAACAGCUCUAAGCCCCGCCCACUUUCAGAGCGAACCGUUUGAAGGAACCGAUUCGCUCAAAUGAAUCGAAUCACUAGAGGUCGCUGUAGCGAGCGACUCCCAUCCUACAGCAGUAUUUCAUUCCCCAUUCUCUCAUUGACUCACACUGAUGCUCAAUGAUGGCGGAUAGUGCAAGUGAGAGCGACACAGACGGAGCCACCCCUCAGUGCUCCUCAUCCUCGUCCUCCUCCAUCCUUAUCUCUUCGUUUCGUCUAGAGGAGUUGACGAACCGCCUGGCUUCUUUACAGCAAGAGAAUAAAGUGCUGAAGAUCGAGCUCGAGACGUUUAAACUGAAGUGUAAAGCUCUGCAGGAGGAGAAUAGAGACUUGCGCAAAGCCAGUGUCACCAUACAAGCGAGAGCAGAACAAGAAGAAGAGUUCAUCAGUAACACCCUUUUCAAGAAGAUUCAGGCCCUGCAGAAAGAGAAAGAAACACUAGCGGUCAACUAUGAGAAGGAAGAGGAGUUCCUCACCAAUGAGCUCUCGAGAAAACUUAUGCAAUUACAACACGAGAAAGCCGAACUGGAGCAGCACUUAGAACAAGAGCAGGAGUUUCAAGUCAACAAACUGAUGAAGAAGAUCAAAAAGCUGGAGAACGACACAAUCUCCAAACAGCUCACCUUAGAGCAGCUUAGACGUGAAAAGAUCGACUUGGAAAACACCUUAGAGCAAGAACAAGAAGCUCUUGUGAAUCGGCUAUGGAAACGCAUGGACAAACUGGAAGCAGAAAAAAGGAUUCUUCAGGAGAAGCUUGACCAGCCUGUCUCUGCUCCGCCGUCCCCCAGAGACAUCUCCAUGGAGAUCGACUCACCUGAGAAUAUGAUGCGACACAUCCGUUUCCUCAAGAGUGAGGUGGAGCGGCUGAAGAAGAACCUCCGCACUGCAGAGCUACAGCAGACAGAGAAGAGGGCUCAGUACAUAGAGGAAGAGCGCCACAUGCGGGAGGAAAACAUCCGGCUGCAGAGGAAGCUCCAGAGGGAGGUGGAGCGCAGGGAGGCGCUGUGCCGGCAGCUCUCUGAGAGCGAGUCCAGCUUGGAGAUGGAUGAUGAGAGAUACUUCAAUGAGAUGUCCGCUCAAGGCCUACGUUCCCGUACCGUAUCCAGCCCCAUUCCCUACAGCCCCUCCCCAUCCUCCAGCAGACCCAUCUCACCAGGGUUAUCAUAUGCGAGUCACACAGUGGGCUUCACCCCACCAACUACUCUGACCAGAGCAGGAAUGUCCUACUUCAACACACCCGGCCUCCAUGUCCACGCAGGAGCCUCUCACGGCAUUGCAAGACCCUCCCCAAGGAGAAGCAACAGUCCAGACAAAUUCAAGCGGCCUACACCCCCUCCUUCCCCCAACACGCAGGGUGGUGUCCAGCCCCCGCCUCCCCCUCCACCCGCCGUGCACCCGACAUCAUCCCAGGCCGCUCCACUGCAGCCGCAGCAGUCCUUGCAGCCAUAGAUCAGUGAGCCAUCGCAGGGACUGCUUCACUGUAACAUCCCUCAAGCCAAAGGCUUAACAUUCCUCAAUGUCUUCUUCAUCUCGCACUGAAAUCCAUUCAUCUGUGUUGUGUUCAUAGUUCUGUGUUUGGAAGCAUUGAUUGUGUCCACUUAAGAUGGUGUGUGUGAGGUAAAGGCAUUUCCAGCUCAGAGGUAAUGAACAUCAUUUCAGUGUAUAGCACUGUUUUAGAAAGCACUUACUGCUUUGGCAUCAGUGUGUGUCAAGCGAUCUACUGUACGCCUUUAGCAACCAUUGUUUGGUUGUAAACGGACAAAAAAUACUACUUAGGAAAUGAUGUGGUCAUAUAUUUUUCAUAGUUGAGUAUUUUUCCAGUGUUCAGACUCUUUAAAAGUGUCAACCAGAGUGGACCAGCAGGACAUUACAGAAAGCCACAGGUGUGCUUCUGUACUCCAAAUGGAAUCGUGGUCAAAUGGCCUUUUAAGGAUUAAACUGCGGCCCAAUAUCACUUUUGAAUUCUUGGUUAAUAAUUCACAAGCACGUGUCUCAGAAAGUGAUAAAAAAAAGGAGUCAUCCUGCUUAUGCAGCAAUACGUAUUUGGUUAUUUCCUUGUAACCACAUUUUGAAAGCAAGACAGCAAAAUACUUUGCAUUAGUAAAGAGUCCCAAAGAAGUGUCCAGGUCAUAUUUCAUCCUAAAAUCAGGAAGAAAAAAAUGAAAAUGAAAAUUUGUAGGAGCAAUUCCUGUUAUUAGAAUGCUGUACUUAGAUUUGGACUUCAGAGCAAUACAUAUUCUUACAUUGUGGCUUUAUUUUUAAUGAUGAGCACAUUUUCCUUACAUAUUAUAUCAUUGUAAUGGGGAAGAAAAAAAUAUAUUUAUGCAGAAUUGGUGGUUUUUUUUUUUCUUUCUUUGAUUGAUUGAUUGAUUUUGGAGUGAAACAUGACUCCUUAGUAAGUGACUAUUUUUUGCAGUGUUCACAUGAGAACACUCAGUGGUAGAUGAUUUGGUGUUUUGCGGCUGCAGCAGAUGCAAUGCGUUGUUGGCAUCUGCCAGACUUUAAUCUUCCUGGUGGGUUCUAAAAGCUUUUUUCAUAUUUCAGCCAGACACUUAAAACAUCAAAUGGUGUACAUUAGAAAAGACUAGUGUAUGUAAGCAUAGAGCGUUUGUCUCGUUUUUAUUUUUUAUUACAAAUACACCUGCAGCUCUUUUCUGCUAAACAGUGUCUGGUACCACUGUGAAUUUUUUUUUUCUUCCAGAAUAUACUGAGUAAAUAUAACAAUGAGUUUAAACAAUCGUGCAAGGAAGUGAGUUAAAGCAUGUGUAAAUAGACUUUUGUAUACUUGAAAUGAAAAA